AUGAUUAAGUUGGAUUUAUCGCAGAGCACUGUUCUUGACGCAGUGCAAACCUACCACAAAAAAGUCGCCGUUUUAGCCAAACGUAUGGAGACGCACCAGGUGAAGGGCGACGACUUUUUAGGUUGGAAAGACUUACCAAACAAGUUUAAAAAAACCGAGUUUCAAACGAUCAAAAACAUCGUCAAAAAGUUAAAAAUUGAGGGUGUCAACGUUUUAGUGGUGAUCGGAAUCGGCGGUUCGUUUGCCGGCGCUAAAGCCGGAUUAGAAAUGAUGCUCGGAAAAUUUUCCAUUUCCGCUGACAUGGAAAUCGUUUUCAUGGGUGAAUCGCUUAGUUCAACCGAUUUAGCCCAAAAGCUCGCUUAUUUGGAAGACAAAAAUUUUGCCAUCAACGUUAUUUCCAAGUCAGGUUCAACGCUUGAGCCAGCCGUGGCGUUUAAAAUCGUACGCAAACUGCUGGAAAAUAAAGUCGGCCACUUUAACGCUCACAAGUAUAUCGUUGCGACUACCGACGCUAACCGGGGCCAUUUAAUUGAAAUGGCUCGUGAAAAUUCUUGGCAAACGUUGGUAAUUCCCGAUCAGAUCGGGGGUCGAUUCUCAGUUUUAACCGCGGUUGGUUUAUUUCCGCUCGCUUGCGCAGGGAUUGACAUUGACCUAGUUGCCAAGGGCGCUCGCAAAGGUUACCGACUUUACGGCUCAACCGAUUUAAACCAAAACGACGCUUACCGCUACGCGGUAGCGCGCCAUAUCUUAGCUAAAAAAUACCCGGUCGAACUGAUGGUGCAGUACGAGCCCCAAAUGGCGGCCUUUUCCGAGUGGUGGAAGCAAUUGGCUGGCGAGUCAGAGGGCAAAAACGGCAAGGGCGUUUUCCCCGCUUCAGCGGUUUUUUCAACCGAUUUGCACUCGCUUGGUCAGUUUAUCCAAAGCGGAUCACGGGUUUUGUUUGAAACGAUGCUAGUGGUCGAAAACCCGCUCCUAGAUUUAAAGAUGUUUAACGAGCCGCGUAAUUCCGACCGACUAAAUUACCUAGCCAAUUUAACGCUCAACCAAAUUAACCAGAUUGUUUACCGGGCGACCUCAGAAGCUCAUUUUAAUGUCGGGAAAGUUCCGAUUAUCGCGAUUAAAAUCAAGUCUUUUCAGCCCGAAGUUUUCGGUCAACUAGUCUACUUUUUUCAAAGAGCGAUCGCCAUGAGCGCUUACUUAAACGAUGUUAACCCUUUUGACCAACCGGGCGUGGAAAUUUACAAGCAAAACAUCCGUAAAUUACUCCAGAAAAUUGACCACUAG